AUGGAGAAUUUUAAUGUUGAAGCUUUCAUAGCAGAGCCAUCUACUGUCAAACUGCAGAACAUAAAUAUUACUAAAGAACAGUGGUGUAACCUGCUGGUGGUGUUGGUGAUGGUGCUUCACCGUAGGAUGAGGAGUCAUACCAACUUCUUCCUGACCAACCUGGCUGUGGCCGACCUGUGCGUGGCUGUCUUCUGUAUCUACCAGAAUUUUGCCAUGUACGUCAUUAAAGACUGGUACUUUGGAAAAUUCUUGUGCCUCAUGUAUCAAUUUAUAAACCAACUGAGCUACACGGCAUCAGUGAUCAUCCUGGUGGUGGUGAGCGGCGAGCGUUACCUAGCCAUCGUAGAGCCACUAAGAGCCAAGAGCCUUCUCACCCGCAGGAAUAUGAUAAUCACAAUGGUGUUGGUGUGGAUCAUAUCUGCUCUCUACUCCUGUCCCAGGCUUCUCUACUUUACGGUGCAGGAGUAUCCAGUGGAGGGCGGUGGGAUAGAAGCCAUGUGUUUGCUGCGUAGGGACCAAUUUGACACCCGCAUAUGGGAUGUGGUGAGCCUCACACUGCUCUAUCUCCUGCCACUUGUCCUUCUGUCACUGCUGUAUGCCCGCAUUGCUCACACCCUCUGGCGCUCCGGACAGCUCCUGGCCAAUGCAACCUCGCCCAAUUAUAACUCUGUGGAGGCAGCAUCAGCGGCAGCAUCAGCGGCAGCAGAGUAUGGCACGUUCAAGACCCAACACACAGCCUCCGUCAGUUCCAACUCCAGCAGUGCAGGGGCAGCUAGUGCUGGGGUUGAAGAUGGUGGACCAUCAAAGAUUCUGGCCAGAGAUGCAACACUCCACGUGACCCGUGGCUCCGUCAAAUCAAUUAUGUCCACUUAUGUGUCCAUGACAUCUGUGAAGGAGGAGGGGUUGCGGGUCAACCAUUUUGCUCCUGACAUCAUCCCCCUGACCCCCCGAGGUCACUCCCGGUUCGAUAGGGUGGGGCGGGGCCAGCAUGUAUCGUCACCGAGGGUUCCCCGCCGCACCAUGCACCUACAUCCUUCACCACUGGUGUUGCGGGCACGUCGCAAGGUGAUCAACAUGCUGGUAGUGGUGGUGGUGAGCUUUGCAGCUUGUUCGCUGCCCUUCCACACAAGAAAGAUGCUGCAGUAUUACUGGGCCAGCUACAACCAUAACUCUGAUGCCUCCUACAUCCUCACACCUGUCACCUUCCUUCUCAUGUAUGCCAAUUCUGCUGUAAACCCCAUCCUCUACACCUUCAUGAGCCGCAAGUUCCGAACUUCCUCCUGUGACCUGCUCACUUGCCGCUUAUGGCAGACACGUCUUUCCCGACCCCAGCGACCCACAGUGGUGGCCAGGCUCACUGGCCGAGACAAGGUCAUCACACAUUUGGUGUGAGACCACCACACUCUACCUGCUGUGGUUACCGCCUUCACUUCCCCAACAACCAAGUUAUAUAGUUAUAUACCUAUUCACAGCUGAGUGGACUGGUGCUGCCCAAACUAACGACCUCAAGGACAGGAGACAACCACUUGGUUGAUGCACCACUUCUUGACUUGACUGAGGAAUUGCUGUUACUAUAAUUGACUCUCUCGUAGAUCCUGUAUGUUAGACUUGGGAAUUUCACAAAGCCGAAGCCAAAACAAGCUAUAUAAAAAGUCAUGAAGCCAAAGCCAAGGUUUCAUGAAACCUUAACUCCAUUUCUUAUGUAUUGUAUUAACUUAUAUGUUGACAGGAAUACAAAUUGUAUUCUAAGUUAAAGCAAGACUUUGACUCUCCCAGUUUACAGAAAAGGGCUGCUUAUACUAAUAUUUUUACUUUCUUUGUUUUCUUUUAUUCAUUAUUCAUCAUCAUUCAUUUUACUAAUUUAUUUCACUCAUGCAAUUAUUAAUUCAUCUAUUUUAUCAACUAUUUAAAACAAAUUAAUAAUGCAAAACAAAGUCUGCAAAAUAUACAUAAACAUAGUAAUUUACAGUCACAAAUCACAGAGAAGCAUAUCAACAACUCAUCUUAAGACUUUCAAAGGUGCAAUGCUGAACAGAUUCUACUGGGGCUGAGGAGGCAGAAGUGGUAUUUGUCUGGGGUUCAGGUCAGGUUAUUGUGAGAAUAAACCAAUAGAAAAAGGAAAGAUCACUUAUGAUGUCAUUGAGGUUGUAACGACCACUGGGCUUUCUUAGCAAGUCGGGUCAUUGUGAGAACAGAAAGGUCAGGGAUCAGCACAACUGUGAUGUCACAUUAUGGUCAGUGUUUCUGUGUAAAGAGAAUAAUCGGAAGUAAGGCCUGUGGCUUGGAAGCCGAAGCCAGAACCAUGCUUCUGGCUUUGAAGCUGAAGCCUUUAGAUCGUUUCAGCCCAUGUCUGCUGUAUACAGAGUUACCAGUACAGAGGUGUAUUGCAUUUGAUAUAUGUAUAUAAAUAAGAUAUAGUUGGUAGCUUUAAUAUUGAGAUAUACUGCAUGUUUCCACAGUAUAAAUGAAAUAAUUUUUAUUAACGGUUUGUUGAGAGAAAAUGGAAGCCAAGGGCUGAAAGUACGCAAUGAAUAGAAAUUAUGUAAAUUACAUUUUGUGAUAUUGGGGGACGGGUCAUUUAACAAAAGCUUUUGACACAAAUGGAGGAGGAAACAGCCAGGUAUCUCUUGUCAAACUUAUUAUCCCACAUGACCUCAUGUUUCUCAGGUGGUCAAGUAGUUGGGAGAUCAAAAUCGUGAUGAGCUGGUGUGUCAGCGAUCGUAUCCUUGCCCAAGUCAAGUGUCAUUUUAAAUGUGAAUUUCUAAAUUAUGGCUGCAUUGAAGUUAUUGUCAUUUUAGUCGACUCUCUCUCCUAACUCCUUCACUAUGGGAUGCCACUUUUGAUAUUUUAUUUGGUUAAUGCCUGACUACUUUGUACAGCACAGACAGGGUAAAUGGGAAAGAAUUUGAUUCCAGUCUGUUGUUUAUUUUUUCAAUUUAAAUCUAAUACAAGUUAUUGACAUACUGUACUGUAUUAUGGUAGGUGUAUUAAAGACUAUUAAAGGCAAUGUGGUCUUUGUAAAAAGAAUUCCAUUCUGAGAGAUACAGGAUAUACAUACAGUGUAGUGCUAGAAUGGCACUUACAUUAACCGAGAAUAAGAUGUCUUAGUACACCAACUUGCCAUGAUUAGUUUCCCGCCUACACAGCCUCCCGGGUA